AAUGGCGUAAAAUUUCGUUGGUUACGCCGCCUUUACCAAGUUCUUUUAUUUCUGAAAAAACCAUAAAAAACGCUGCGACUUCGGUACCGAAAAAUGAUAAAAAACGUAAGCGUACCGAAGUUGAAGCUGAGGUAAUAAAAAAUGUUAGUCGUGUGAAACAGAAAAAACGAAAGCAAGCCUCCCAGAAAAGCAAAAAAGGAAAAAAUGCCGUAUUACAUAGUAAAACAAAAGAGGCGGAUAAAGAUAACGUCGAUGAAGAAGUAAAUAUCGACAGUGAUCCUGGCAACAUGAAUAACUGGAAUUGGAAAGAGGCAAAAUAUCCAGGUGAAAUAGUUCUUGGAGAUGAAGAUUUGGAAGGAAUUUUAUGUUUGGAGGAGUGCGAUGAUAUUGAUGUUGUAUAUGAGGAUGGAAAUGACAAGCUCGGAAGAGUUGUAAAAUUCAAAAAAGCAGAAAGGAGAUCAGCGACUAAUAAAAACGAAUCUAAAUCUCAUGCAGCAAAUCCCGAAGAACCUUUGUCGAUUGAUGAAACACGAAAUUAUUAUGAUUUGGAUACAUUUGAUGAGCGAUUAAUAUCAUCUUUUAACAAUGACGAAGAUUAUGAUAUAUCUAAUUAUAAUGAGAAAAGUGUUGAUGAAGCUAUGGAUAUCAAUGAUAAUCAUGAUGAGAAUGAAAGUAGCGAUAGUUGGGAGACUAUUGAUACUUUUGACGGAAUAGAUGAUGAGAGUGAAGGAAUUGAAAGGGAAAGUCAGCUUAGUGCAAGUCAUAUUGGGAAAACCAAGGAUAAGUCUAAGAAAAAUAGAGAUUCGGAAUCUUUUAUAGUAAAUAAUGACGAUGAUUCAAUAGGAAAAUUAAAAAAUAAUUGUCUUUCUAUCCUCAAACAAAACAAAAAGGAUGCUCUUGUAAAAGAUGUUAAUCUCGAUUUUGAUGUGUCAGCAUGGAUUGGUUAUGGAUUCUGCUCAAACAUCUUACUUGCCCUAAAAUCACUUCAGUUCUCCGAGCCCACGCCCAUUCAAAAGAAAACUCUGGCCCAUGGAUUAUCCGGACGUGAUAUAAUUGGCGCGGCGGAAACCGGAUCAGGGAAAACGCUUGCGUUUGGACUUCCCAUUUUACAAUAUUUAAUGGACGAGGAAAAUAAUUACUUAGGAGAAAAUGGUGAUGAUAAACGCACAAACGAACUUGUAGCAUUAAUUGUUACGCCGACUAGAGAAUUAGCGAUACAAGUCAAAGAUCAUAUAUUGAGCAUUGGGAAGUUUGGUGGCGUAAAGGUCGUGACACUUGUCGGCGGUAUGGCAGUACAAAAGCAGCGGCGACUAAUGGAUAGACAUCCAAAUAUAAUUAUUGCUACUCCUGGUCGAUUAUGGGAAAUGGUUUCAGAGAACGAUGAAUAUCUCGAAAAAAUUCGUCGCAUAAAAUUCUUUGUACUCGAUGAGGCAGAUCGUAUGCUAGAGUCUGGCCAUUUCCAAGAAUUGAACCAAAUACUUAAUUUUAUAACGAAAAGUCGACAGGAUGCCGAUGAUUGGUCAGACAACGAAAGUAAAGAACUCACUGACAUCAAUAAAAAAAUAAAUAAUAAAGAAAAAAAUCCUUCAAAAAGACAGACAUUUGUAUUCUCUGCCACACUCGACAAGAAUCUAAAAGAAGACUUGAAGAAAAAGAAAUAUUUCAAAAACACUUUAAAAAAACUCGAUGUUAGUAAUACGCGUGCUACGAUGAAAGAGUUAAUGGAACGGCUCAAAUUUACCGAUCCUGAUCCGAUAUUCAUCGAUCUUACGCCAGAAUACGUGGUAGCUAGUACAUUACAAGAAUCAAAGAUUGAUUGCCUAACUACAGAAAAGGAUGUUUACAUCUACUAUUUUAUAACACGAUACCCGGGCAGAACGCUAAUAUUCGUCAAUAGUAUCAAUACGAUUCGAGGAUUAGUACCCAUUAUGAGAUUAUUGGGAAUCGAGGUACUGGGACUGCACGCCCAGAUGCAACAAAGACAACGAUUGAAGAAUUUAGAUAGAUUCAAACAAAAUCCGAAAGCUGUCAUGAUUGCCAGUGAUGUCGCUGCUCGUGGUCUCGAUAUCCCAUUGGUGGAACACGUCAUUCAUUAUCAUGGUCGAACAGCAAGAGUUCGACGAGAAGGAAUAAGUUUGAUGUUGUGUAGCCCUGAAGAAAUUGUAUUGUAUCGUAAAAUUUGUCAAAAGCUUAGGAAAGAUAGAAGUCUGCCUGAUUUUCCGGUCGACCAAAGUAUCGUGAAAGCUAUGAAACAAAGAAUAUCUUUAGCGCGAAAAAUUGAUCAGGAGGAACAUAAGCUGCAAAAGAGUAAUUAUGAUGAUGACUGGUUAAAAAAAGCAGCACGGGAUUUAGAUGUAGAUGUUGAGGAAGAUCUUCUAAAUAAUAAACGGGGCAAUGAUAAAAACGAUGAUGAUGGUAGCAACAUCAACACCAAAAACGUAAAGGCAAAAAUAAAAUCAAUGAAAGCACAACUUAAAUCGCUGCUUGCCGAGACGUUGAUUCCCCGUGGUAUUUCGAAAAAGUACUUGACGGGUGGUGUUAUGCCUGAUUUAGCGGAUCGGUUGCUUCUGGACGGUGAUUCUU